CCCAGCUCCAGCUUGCCCUGCUCCGCAAUUGCUGCUUUGCUCUCAUCCAGGAAGCCAUCAUGUCUUGCCGUUCCUACCGAGUCAGCUCUGGUCGCCAGAUAGGCAACUUCAGCUCUUGCUCAGCAGUGAUGCCCCAGAGCCUGAGCCGCUUCCGGGCCAGCUCUGUCUCCUGCAGGAGUGGGCCCGGCUUCCGGGGCCUUGGCGGCUUCGGUAGUCGGAGCGUCAUCGCCUUCGGAUCUUGCCCACCCCGGAUGGCAGCUGUAGGCCCUCGUCCUAUCCGCUGUGGAGUUGGCUUCGGUGCUGGCAGUGGGCUGGCCUUUGGCUUGGGUGACAGCUGUGGUGCUGGUCUGGGGUUUGGGGCUGGCAGUGGCCUUGGUUAUGGCUUUGGUGGUCCUGGCUUUGGCUACAGAAUUGGAGGAGUUGGAGUCCCAGCAGCUCCAUCUAUCACAGCAGUGACUGUUAACCAGAGCCUGCUGACCCCCCUCAACCUGGAGAUCGAUCCCAACGCCCAGAGGGUGAAGAGGGACGAGAAGGAGCAAAUCAAGACCCUCAACAACAAAUUUGCCUCCUUCAUUGACAAGGUGCGGUUCCUGGAACAGCAGAAUAAGCUCCUAGAGACCAAGUGGAACUUCCUCCAAGAUCAAAAAAGUGUCCAGAGUAACCUGGAGCCCAUGUUUGAGAACUACGUUGCCAACCUGCGGAGGCAACUGGACAUCGUGAGCAGUGACCAGGCCCGGUUAGAGACUGAGAGGAACAACAUGCAGGACGUCCUUGAGGGUUUCAAGAAGAAGUAUGAAGAAGAGGUGGUGUUCCGGGCCAACGCCGAGAAUGAGUUUGUGGCUCUGAAGAAGGAUGUGGAUGCAGCUUUCUUGAAUAAGUUGGACCUGCAGGCCAAUGUGGACACCCUAAUUCAGGAGAUUGACUUCCUGAAAAACGUAUACAUGGCGGAAAUCCAGUUGCUGCAGUCACACAUCUCAGAUACAUCGGUCAUCGUGAAAAUGGACAACAGUCGGGACCUGAACUUUGAUGGGAUCAUCGCCGAAGUCAAGGCCCAGUAUGAAGAGGUCGCCAGGCGCAGUCGGGCUGAUGCUGAGGCCUGGUACCAGACCAAGUAUGAGGAGAUGCGAGUGACAGCUGGCCAACACAGUGACAACCUGCGCAACACGCGGGAUGAGAUCAAUGAGCUGACCCGCGUGAUCCAGAGGCUGAAGGCAGAGAUCGAGCACACCAAGGCUCAGCGGGCCAAGCUGGAGGCUGCGAUAGCUGAGGCCGAGCAGCAGGGCGAGGCUGCCCUCAACGACGCCAAAUGCAAGCUGGCGGAUCUGGAGGCCGCCCUGCAGCAGGCCAAGCAGGACAUGGCGCGGCAGCUGCGGGAGUACCAGGAGCUCAUGAACAUCAAGCUGGCCCUGGACAUCGAGAUCGCCACCUACAGGCGCCUGCUGGAAGGCGAGGAAAUCCGGAUAUGCGAAGGUGUUGGACCAGUAAACAUAUCUGUGAGCAGCUCCCGGGGUGGCGUCGUGUGUGGGCCUGAGCCCCUGCUCACCAGUUCUACCCUCUCCCGUGGUGGGGUCACCUUCUCCGGUGGCAGCAGCAUACGGUCCAGUGGUGCCUGUGGCUUGAGCCUGGGUGGGAGCCGGGUUGUUGCGGCUGGCGGGGACGUGCUGAGUGCAGGCUCCCGGGGGGGCUCAGUGCUUGUGGGUGAUGCCUGCGCCCCCAGCAUCCCCUGUCCACUGCCCACUGAGGGGGGCUUCAGCAGCUGCAGUGGGGGCCGUAGCAGCCUCGGCUCCAGUGUCCGCUUCGUGUCCACCACCACCUCCCGGCGGACCAAGUAUUGAGAGGCAAGUGCCGGCCAGCCACUGCCCAGGGAAGAGCCGUCUCAACUUCUCCUGCUUCUGUCCCUGAGGGGUCUGGACUCUAGGCCAAAGGGGGCUCCAGCUACCCCUCCUGCCAGGAAGCUGACACUCUGCUCUCCCCAGCGGCUGCCUUUCCAGUCAGUGUCCUCUGUGGGGAAUUUUUUUCACCACCUAGACGCUCCAUCUGCAGCACCAGCUAGACUGGCUUUUCCUUGACUCCCAUUUUCCUUCCUUUGGAACACUCCUCACUAUCCAGCUGAACAGCUUCAAGAAAUGCAAUUACAAAAAUUAGUACACUGGGGAGGAAAAGAAUAGUCUAAAGCCAAAACAAAUGUGUUUGGGCACCAUCACCAUUAAUGGCUUUGUAUUAAUUUGGAAAAUGGAAAAUUGACUGUCCACACUGCAGGUGUCUUUAGCCCAUCGUCCUUUUCCUGACAGGAGAAGGUUCCUCCCUUCUCUUCCUGACCCAGAAGGAUCCAGUCCUUGUUGGCCCAAGGAUUCCCUUAGUCUCCCGAGAUGGUUCUUCUCUGAAUGGCAUAUGUCCUAGCUGCUUCUCUUCCUGGGUUGUUGUUUUAACUCCCGCAUGUGAGUCCACGAUGUGGGUGGGGUACAGGAGAAGAGGUGGGCUCUGCAACACUCCAUGUACCCUGCCCCUGUUGGUGGUGUAAGGGAGGCCAAGUCACGUCCACUGCUGGAGGGCCUAUGUCUGCAAGCUUCAGGGAGGCCUGAGGUGGGGUAGGGUGCCUGUUUGUACUGUCCUUUGUGUUCCUGGUUUUCAAUAAACUUGCCAA